AUGCCGUCACCCGUCGCGUCGACCGCCGCGCUUCCGCCCCAGUCGCACGAGCAAUCGCAGCAAGAAUCAACACCGGCCGCACACGACGCGCAAAACGGCGCUGCCGGAGACGAUGCCGCCGAGUCGCAGGAUCCGGCGCGUCCAUCUAGUUCUGGCCAGCCCGCCGACGGCAAUGGCACAAUACGCGAGACGAAGGAGAAGGCAAAGGCUGUCAUGGCCGCGUCCGGUGUCGACAUGCCCGCGAACACCGAGAAAGCUUCACCUUCGGCUCGUGCAAAGUCAUCGCCUACCGGCAGUGAGACGGCCAAUGGACUUUCGCCUAGCCGCAAGCGCUCUCGCUCUGGCUCGCGUCUGCCCUCCCAUCCGCCGUCCCAAGGCUCCUCCAACCAGAACCAGUCCAGCUUGAAUGAGCUCCUCAUCAAUCAAUAUUCCACCCGCGACAUGCUUCAUGCCGCUGCCAUGAACGACCAGGCUGCCAAGGCUCGAGCCCUGAUGACCGAGAAGCUGUCGGAAGUCGAGUACUACAAGCAGUUGCGCCAGCAACGGCAAAUCGAUCCCGGCUCUGUGUUUGGCUAUGGCUUUGACGGCUACGGCAACGGCUAUACUGAGGCGAAACCGUCGCGGCUUCAAUAUCCCGCGCAGAAGAAACGGCUCGGAAACCGCCGGUCCAAGAGCUUGCAUGUGCCCAGGAAGCAACUCACGAAGCAGGCUGACAUCUUUGAGGAGCUGGUACCCGUACGUUUGGACAUCGAGUUCGACAAGAUCAAGCUUCGGGACACCUUUACCUGGAACCUCCACGACCAUGUCGUUACGCCUGAACUGUUCGCGGAAAACAUGGUUGAGGAUUUCAGACUGCCCCCGGAAAUGGGCCCACACGUUUUCCGCCAAAUCAACACCGAGAUUCACGAGCAGCUCCAAGAUUACUACCCCCACGUCUUCUUCAAGGAAGAACCAUUGGACCCGCACCUACCUUACGACGCCUACAAGAACGAUGAGAUGCGCGUAUUGAUCAAACUAAACAUCACAAUUGGGCAGCAUACACUGGUGGACCAGUUCGAGUGGGACAUCAACGAUCCCAUGAACUCUCCAGAAGAAUUCGCCAGGUCCAUGACAGGAGAGCUUUCCCUUUCCGGCGAGUUCACAACCGCCAUCGCGCACUCCAUACGUGAGCAAUGCCAGAUGUUCACGAAAAGCCUCUACAUAACAGGCCACCCUUUCGACGGUCGCCCGGUUGAAGAUGCGGACGUUCGCGAUAGCUUCUUGGCUUCCCCGGUACAGUCUGUGUUUCGGCCUGUGCAAGCAGCAAAAGACUAUGCGCCGGUCCUUUACGAGCUGAACGAAGCAGACUUGGAGCGGGCAGAACUUUCAAUCAUGCGCGAGCAGCGGAGACAGAAGCGCUCGGUGAACCGGAGAGGCGGCCCAGCACUUCCUGAUCUCAAAGAUCGCCAACGAACGGUGCGGACAAUGGUGGUUUCCUCGGUACUUCCAGGUGCGGUGGAGCGUGUGGAGGACAGCCGUUUAUACAAGCUCUCUCGUUCUGCAUCGGGUAGGGGUAGGCGCACCGUAAGAGAUGGCGAUUCGGAUGAAGAGUCCGAGAGUGAAGAGUCGGGCCAAGAGUCUCCGGCGCCUUCACAGAUAAUGGGAGGAACUGCACGGACAAGAGGCAUGCGUGGAGCGGCGUCGGCAGCAACAGUUGCCAUGCGCCAGAAUCUUGGUCGGUCACAAACUCCUGAGGUCACGGCCCUUCGCCAAGAGCAUCACCAUGAGACGCGCACCUCCCGGCGCUUUGGGACGCCUAGAGAAGAGAGUGUUGCUCCCACCCCUACCACUCCUGCUCCAGAAAAGCUCCUAGUCAAGGUCAAGAUUUCUCGAGAGAAGUUCCGACGGUGGAUGCAGGCUCAGUCUACAGGCAGAGCCUCCGAGUACCGGCAGAGUCAGCCUAACCCGGUGUUAGCCUCUGCAGCUUCCACGCCCCAACAAGCUACGCCCACCCGUAGCUCGAUGCCGCCGCCCCCUUCGCCGGCGCUGCAACAACGGUCGACCCCCGGUCCUGGGACGCCGACGAGUAACGGCCAGCAAGAGAUACGAUACUAUCCUGACGGACGCGCAGAUGCUUCGUUCCCGCAACCCGCCCAAGCACCCCCGCCCCCACCGUGGCUCGCAGAGGCUUUGAAAAAGCUGCACUCGGAACAUCCCGACUCGGCUUUCGAGGCAUUAAUGCGCUACUGCGCCAUCGACUCCCGCUCGCAGCAACAGAUCCGACUCGACAGCAUAGCGCCAGGCUCAACACCUCCUGCGCACGUCAAAUUCCAAUGGCUCCCGCGUAUCAGAUGCAACGACUGUCCCGGGAAACUGUACACGCCUGGUCCCGGUUGGACUGUCGAGAACUUCGAGGUCCACCUCAGGAACAGGCAGCAUCUUGAAGCCGUGAGGCGGAGAACAGCCUCGGCGGGCGGGGCUUCGUCGUAG